AUGACCGCUGUUGUGCUUUCAGAGCUGUUUCCAGUGCCUAACUUUGUCCUUCAUCUGAAUCUAAGGAGGUUGAUCGUUUGGGGUGAAGGAGACCCGGGUAUCUCAAUGCUGAGGGGUCGUGUUGCAGCCAACCGGGGCAAGGGUACUAAAUUAAUUAAAGGGGGUGGGAAAUCGCUAUGUGGAUUUCUCGAUCUGGGGGUAGGAUUAGAAAUUGCCGGGCGGGGUAAAGAUGAGCCGAGGAAUGGGUUGAAAGAAUUCCAGGUUUGUUGUGGAGUACGUUUACGCAUGGUGUGGUUCGUCGCUCAGUUGGUAAGGUCAUCUCCUUUUGCAAGUUUCUUUAGCCACAUUCAACGGCUUGCGACACGCUAUCACAGCUCAACUUGUAAUGACGUAGUCCGAAAGCGUCGGAAUGAUGAGCAGCGAUAUGAAAGCGGCAGAGAUGUCGAUAAUUCCGAGGAGAGUUCCAGAGACUCGGGUGAACACUACCAAAGCCAAAAGCAUAGUAUAGAAGUUGGAUCUGGUAGAAGACAGUCUUUCUUGGUGUUGAUUCAAGCUGGACAAAUUAGCGCUUCAAAUUCAGUGCGUACAGGAAGACUCCCAAUUUCUAUCGACUUGGACAGGUUGAACUAUUCACUAUUCUCCGAUAAACUUCCAGCUAUCCACAUCCUUCUCUCAAGGGAUUUUGGAAGGACAAAUAGUACGGGGACCCGAGCAGGUAUCACCACCAAAAAUCCUUACAAUGCGUCUGGGCCCGAGCCGAUAGUAGUUUCAACCACUAUUCGAAGCACAAUUAGAUUCUGCGUGAUUGGUGGUUAUUUAUCAUGUGGAAAGGGUGGCACCCCCUUUGAGACGAAUGGUAGCUAUUCACGUCCAUACAUUGGCAGCUACGAAGGCGCCAUUUCCAUAAAGCUGAGAUUUUCAAACACUCCUGCUACCCUCGGCAUACGAGCUCUGGAAGCUCGAAUAAUCGACCCGCUCGGGCGAGAUCAGUUCGCAGUUCCUUGGAGAGUUCGUCAGAAUAUCUCUUCCUCAAUAUCAAAUGAACAUACUAGCCCUUGUAACCUAGUCAUAACCCGGAUAACUGAUAAGGGAACUCUAGCUAACAGCUCUUUCUCCAUAUCUACGGGCUCUUCAUCUCGGUAUGUCUUGCCUGGUAUUGGAGAAACCCAGCAACUCGAACAUUCGCCAACGCACAUCUGCGCUCUCCAUCUUGAAGGGUGGGAUAUUGACCCUAUUGGUUCAUACGCAGAAGCUGCUUGGCUGGUGCUUCACCGGUUUUGCCUGACACUGGAGCGAUCGCACAUUUGUGCUCUCGCCCAUCUGGGGCCCAGCCUGAUUAAUCAUAAUAUGUGGUUAUCCGCGGCUGGUAAUAAAAUUCUCUCUUACACCUGGGAGCAAUCGUUUGGCUCAUCAGACACAAUGGCAAACCAACAGACCGAUCACCAUUACCCGAGCACUAGUGGCCGUCGAGUAUCGUUCGCUCUGUCUUCCUACCACGUGCCACCACCGUAUCCGCCUCAACAGCGUUCAGCGUCUUCAGUCUCCAUAAACUCAGGCGCAAAGAGCGUCUUUUCAAUCGAGUCGAGCGACUCUGGCUACCAAUCCAGCUAUUGUCCCUUCCAAAAUGAUCCCGUUAUUGACUCCACGCGUCAGUCGUCCGCACAUGAAUGCCAGGCACCGCCCAAGUUUGUCUCCUCGAACAACUCCGGCUAUCGUUCAGGGAGUAAUAGCAUACCCAUACCCAUAUCCAUGCGAGAACUUAGUACGAGGGAAGAAGAUGCUGCGUGGAACUUCAUAGAACAUGCGAGACGCUGCGCUUUUUGUAGAGAUCCAUAUGAAGUCUACUGGUAUCAUGAGCAACUCUGUACGACCGGUAGUGAACUGGCACAGGAAGUCGCCAAAGUCAUAUUCAUAAGAGAUGAGGAGGUGUGGAGUAAGGUCGACUACCGUCAAGUCAGUCUUGGGAUUCAGUUUGAACCUCUACGAUGGUUGCUGAAAUCCAUCGAGCAAAGCUGUUGGCGUAGGGGGGUGUCAUUUGUCUCGCUAGAUACCGUCCCUCGCUCCUCUGCAGUAGUCCAAAACCCUGAUAUCUAUAACCACAUUGGCCGGCCUUUAACUCGCCGACGGCAGCCAUCCUCUAGAGGCAAAUCCAGUAUAUAUACCGAAAAUGGCUAUGAAGGGGGAAACGAUGAGCCGGCCACCAAGUCUGACCGAAAAGUUCGCAAGAUGGACCAAGCGCAUCGGCACCACGUCGAAGAAAAGUACGCAACCGAACCCGUUGAAAAGUGGCCAUCUUCUCAACAAUGCCCGCCUGCACCAAAAUCCCCUGGCGAAGGGAAGAGUUCGGCUGCUAUUUCCAAGGAGGUACGUCAGUCGCGGUACACGUACUUGUAUGGCCCUCGUUUCAAGGAAUCUAGGUGGCACAGAAAUGUGCCCCUCCGUCCACAAGCAAGGGAAGAUUCAAGGCCAGUGGACAUUGAUAGUUCACCGAUCCAAGCUAAGCGACGGCCAUGUGUGAAGCAUCGUGAACCACAAUUCAUCAAUGAAGAACAUGACGACAAUUCUAAUGACUCUCCCAUUGAACGCAUGGGGAAGAGAUGGGUACGAAUAAAGCCCUCCUUUAACCAGUCCCAAGCAAGUCCCCCCCCGCAAGAACGGACUGAAGGGACAGAAAAGAAACCUGAGAAUUCCCCGAGACUAUCAAAAGACCUAGAUAGUAGAGGUUAUAUGGUAAAUCGUACAGGCGCCGAGCAAAAUGAAGACUGCCAGACCGAGGAUUUAAGCGACAAAGAUCGAAUGGGAAUGCCAAGCGAACGCACUGAGAGACUCCUCAGUACAGCAUUAGUUCAAAUUAAGGAGCUCCUUGUCUGCGAGCUUGUGGAUUAUGCAUUCGAAGCUACGGAUGGUCUGGGGGGCUCUAAUCCGUCUGAGAAACGACAGAGAGAGUCUUCGUCAUCCUCAUCUUCCCAAGCAUCGGAUCACCCACCACAAAGGAAGCGAGCACGCGGAGGUGGGAGAGAUCCUGGAGAUGGCGGAGAUGACUCAGGCGAUGAUGGUGAUAAUAAUGAUCGGCCACCGAAGAAAAACGGAAAAAAAUCGCCAUUUGGGGUUCCCCACCGGCGCUUAAAGUGCCCUUUUUUUCAGAGACAGCCCGAGAAGUUCGCUCGAGCAGCGUGCAGAGGCGCAGGUUUUGCGGAUAUGGCAAAGCUUAAAGACCACAUUAAAAGGGUGCACACGCAACCUCUUCGUUGUUUACGAUGCUGGAAAGAAAUGGAGUCUGAAGAUGCAUACACAGCGCAUCAGCAGGCAGACACGUACUGCAACAAGCGGCCAGAACCCCCUGAUGACCGUAUUCGACCACAGAUGCUGAACAAACUCGACUUCAAGAAGGCACCAUAUGCACAUGCAAAAACUACGGAAGAGAAAUGGAAAAUUCUUUACAGGCUCUUAUUCCCGAAUGAUGGAGAGGUCCCUUCUCCCUAUGAUCAGCAUGCUUUCACUCCGAGGCUCGAACGGGUUCUAUUCGAAGUUCUUGAAGAAGAAUUGACUAGGGAACUUGCGCCAGCACUGGAGCCGAUCCUGAAUCGAAUUAAACAACGAAUACCGUCGAUCAUCCAAAACUGCAAGCUAAGACUCCUAAACACGGCUUCGGAGAGCGAUACCACCUACUCCCCUAGCAGUCUUGCCACUUUCACUACGAUAGACUCAGAGCAAAGGGGCCCGUGCACUCAAUCUAAGCAGACAAGUGGAACUAUAUCUCCUUUUUCAGGAAGCUAUGCAGCUAAUGCAGGCAAUGGUCCUCUUAGAGAGAAAGGCAGGGGAACACAACACGGCCAUUCCUCGCCCUCCAGAUCUAGCACAGACGGCUUUCAAGAUUCUCAUCAUGAGUCGUCACCAGAGAGCAUUUUCGACUCUCAAGUCACGCCCCCGGAUCUUGUCAGUGGUCCUAGUGACUUCAAUGCCCUGAACGCUACCUGCCCUGGAUACCCUCAAAUCCGUAAUGAUUACCAAUAUUAUUUCCCUACUUGCCUUCCAAACGAACAGAUUGGAAAUCUCACUCCAAGUACCACACAAGAAGUCACAAUAAAUCAAUCUUCAACCUCCAAAGGAAAGCAACCCCAAUGGAACUCCUUUCCAAUUUUGGGCUCGAGCAACGCCUCAGGUGACACCAACGUCUUUCAUGAGGAGCCUAAGCGAACGGCUUCGAGAGACUGCGAUACGCCCAGUAAAUUCAACAAUCCCCAGCCAGUGUCAGAUUGCGACUAUGUUCCUAAUGGCUUCGAUUUCGACCUUGAGCAAUUCUUUAACAACUUUUAA